UGGGUUCUUUUCUCUCGCAAGUGGCACUUUCUUCUUCUUCUUCAAACUCGUAACAAAUUUUCCCUCUCAAUGAAGAAGAAGAAGCCUUCACCUUCCCAAUGACACCACCCUUCACUCUCUCUCUCUCCCUCUUUGUCAUUCUCACCAUAACCGCCGUCCACGGCCUGGGCUCCGCCGCCACCACUGCCGUCACCUACGGCACCGCCACCGUGUGCGGCAUCGUCGCCGGGGAGCCCCAGCACCGCAUCCAGUGUUCCCGCAGCGGCAGGCGCGUCGUCCCCCUCACCCUCCCCAACGUUUCCUUCGACGCCAUCUCCGGCGGCCGGAGCUUCUUCUGCGGCCUCCGCUCCGGCGGCCGCAGCCUCCACUGCUGGGACACCGCCGCCCCAAACGCCUACUUCCGCUCCAAGAGACUCUUCCACAGCGACGUGGUGCAGUUGGCUGACGUGGCAGUUGGCGACUCUCAGGUGUGCGCCAGAGAGGUGCAAUCCGGUGUUGUGCGGUGCUGGAGAGGAAGCGGUGGGGUCCAGUUCAGUUCCCCUUCGGAGGGGUUAAGGUUUCGUAGCAAUAGCAUCACAUGUGGUUGUGGUUUUUCAUGUGGGGUGAUAAAAGAGAGUGGAAGAGUCGUGUGUUGGGGUGAUGGUGAUGAGGGUGCAAAUACAAAAAGUAUUAGCGAUGAGAUUCAAAGAAAGUUUGAGAAUUUCACUAUGUCAAGUUUGGUUGCUGGGGUGUCUCAUGUGUGUGGUUUGACUCUUCAUGGGGCUUUGGUUUGUAGAGGGAACAAUGCUUCUGGUCAACUAGGAAAUAAUGAUGGUGUUUUGAGUUCUUCUUUGGAGUUUUCAGGUCUUGCUUUGGGAGAAGAUUUCACGUGUGGAAUUAGGACUAGGAAUGGUGUUGUUGUGUGUUGGGGUGGUGGUUUUGAAAGCGAUGUGGUGAAAGGUGUUUCUUUUGAGUCACUUGUUGCUGGUUUGGAUUAUGUGUGUGGGUUGACAACUAGGAAUUUGUCAGUGGUGUGUUGGGGUAAAGGCAGGUUUUUUCAUGUGCCUAGUGAGCUUCCAUUGGGUGUGAUUCUUCCAGGUCCAUGUGUUGAGGGUGCUUGUAGCGGCUCUUGUGGUACAUAUCCUGAUUCUGGUGCUCUUUGUCAUGGCUCUGGGAGUAUUUGUUACUCUUGUCAAACUGAGGUUCCACUAGCAGUUCCAUUGCUUCCACCAUCAACAACACAAGUUGUUCCAAAACAAGAACAUUCUUCACGUGGAGGAAGAAGCUUGAGGGAGUUUUUGAUUUUUUUUAUUGUUGGAUCAGUUGGUGUUUUUGUGGGGUUAUGCACUAUUCUUUAUUUCAUUUGGAUUUGUGCAAGGAGGUUUUUGUUGAGUAGAAAAGAAGUAGGAGGUAAUAAUUCUGUGAAACCUACAAGCUCAGAGAGUGAUGCAUAUGUGGAUAUAAUCCCCAUGCCUAAUGUUGGUUCUAAUGGGACAACAUUCAGAACUUUUUCUAGCAAAAGUCAGGCAUCAAGAAGAUUUGGGAGGCAUAGGAGUGGUUCAUCAUCGAAGCAUGUCGACAGAACCGAGAGUUUCUCAUUGUCUGAACUUGCAACGGCCACUGACAACUACUCGCUGUUUAACAAAAUAGGUGCUGGUAGCUUUGGCUGUGUUUACAAAGGCAUGCUAAGAGAUGGUCGUGAAGUAGCAAUUAAAAGAGGAGAUACCAGUGCCAUGAAGAAGAAAUUUCAGGAAAAAGAGAUUGCUUUUGAUUCUGAAUUGGCCAUGCUGUCACGGCUUCACCACAAGCACUUGGUGAGGCUAAUUGGGUUCUGUGAGGAGAAUGAUGAGAGGCUCUUGGUCUAUGAGUACAUGAGUAAUGGUUCACUUUAUGACCAUUUGCAUGACAAGAACAAUGUUGACAGAAGUAGCAACAUUUUGAAUUCUUGGAAGAUGAGGAUCAAGAUUGCAUUGGAUGCUGCUAGGGGAAUUGAGUACAUUCACAACUAUGCGGUGCCACCCAUUAUCCACAGGGACAUCAAGUCCUCCAAUAUACUCUUGGAUUCAAACUGGAAUGCUAGAGUUUCUGACUUUGGAUUAUCAAAAAUUUGGCCAGAGACUGAGCAAGAAUUGAUGUCCUCCAAAGCAGUUGGCACUGUUGGAUACAUAGACCCUGAGUACUAUGUGUUGAAUGUGCUGACCACAAAGAGUGAUGUGUAUGGUUUAGGAGUGGUAAUGUUGGAGCUUCUCACAGGAAAAAGAGCAGUGUUCAAACCUGAAGAUGGGUCAGGCCCUAUGGGGGUGGUGGAAUACACAGGGCCAAAGAUAGCAUCAGGAGAGCUUUGGAGUGUGUUGGAUUAUAGAGUUGGUCAACCUGAAGUGAAUGAGGUUGAGUCCCUUGAGAUCAUGGCUUACACUGCUAUGCAUUGUGUGAACUUGGAGGGAAAAGAGAGGCCUGAAAUGACUGGCAUAGUUGCUAACUUGGAGAGGGCAUUGGCUUUCAUUGAGGGAACCCCUACUAGCCUCUCCAUAGCUUCAUUCUCUGCCCCUCUUGAAUAAAAAAAUCUCAUCCUCAAAUUCAUUCAUGAAAUUCUUUUAUUUUUUUUUUCUUCACUUCAAUUUCUUCUUCUUUUCUAAGAUUAUUCUUUGGGUUGUACAUGUAUGGACUUUAGGUGAAAACAUAAGAAUUUCUCAUCUGAGAUAUUGAGAAGAGAAAAUAAAAGCAAAAGGAUCGAUGGUCCAUUUUGAUCCUCAACAAGUUUUUUACUACCUCCCAAGGUUUUUUAGAUUUCAUGAC